AUGCACGAAACGAGAUCCAGAGAGAUAUAUUCCCUCUACGAAAACCCCCUUACCUUCCGACAAUCAUCGCAUGGCGAAUCUCUUCUGAACUGGUUAGCAUCGGUCAAACCAUACGGCCUUCGUCGAUGUAGGUCCGAAACGAACAUCCAACUCUUGCCCGAUUUCUACGCAAAUACGGCGCUACCAGACACCGCCAUUGCUCCAUCUCUGGACCAGGAUAACUUUUGUCACGUGGCAGGGGGUUCUCGCUUAGAUGGAUCAGACUCUUCCUCCGAGGUGCCAAAAAAAGCUGCUCACAGCAAUUUCCGGCCCAUGCUUUUCGCAAAUGGUAUAUCUAUGGUUGAAGCCGGAGAAAAGGUGCCAAGUAACAUUCAGUCGGUGUUAGAUUUCAUCACCUCUGAAUGUGGCCAACCGCUAAACGCGGGAAAGUCAGCAUUAGAGCAGGACUCAAAGAAGUGUGAAAAUAUGGCCAUCGAAGGGGUUUACCAGGAAGAUAUUAGGGAUUUCUUUUGUCGCUAUCUUUUCUCCAGUAAGAGCCUUCCCGACAAUAUACGCAGAAACGGGACGGUGAUGGAAAGAGAUGAUAUCCCAAUCGCCCGCUCUUGGGGGGCAGGGUCGGCGAUCAGCACUCCCGAUCCAGAUUUGCUUCUAGGAUAUAAUUCAUGGAGCUUCCCAAUCACGCAAAUACCUUAUCUAUACCACUGGGAUGAGAACAAUACAAAGUUCGCUUUUCUUUCUGUCGACUAUCAGGGAGACCAUACCUGUUCCGCCAGCAGGCUCUGGGUCGCUACAAAUCACUGCAUGGUAGCAACUGCUACUUGCGUUCAAAUUAUGAAGAAACUGCGGGCUGCAGUACUGGAACGAGGGGAUGUCGAAGUAGCUAGCACUCUCGACCAGCAUGUCUUCGGGCUCGUUACAAAUGGCACAGAAGCGAGGCUUUUUGUAACAUACCCGGAAGAAUCCGAGGAUGCACAUAUCAGGUUUCAUACCAAGCUUAUCCGUGGUUUUCUACUAUACGAUACGCAACACCGUGGAGACCUAAAGAGGUGUACCGACAAGAUCUUCGAGUGGGCUGAAGAACGUCGGGGUCGCAUUAAGGUUGCUAUCGAUGUCAUCCUGCCUGGAAUCCUGGCCCCGGGGAAGAAAAGGAAGCGUCAGCGGGGAGAAUAA